CCCGCAACCCGCAAGGCUGCGUUGGGUCCAUCUCAAAUUUCAAAUCCUCCAUUUAUCCAAUACAGCUACGUCGUGAUGUUUGCAAAACAUUGGUCAAUUCUAAAUUGUUAGGUUUAGCCCAACUUCUCCGGAGUUCAAGCCUCGGCUCCUUAAUAAACUACCAUGGCGACUUCAAAUUCCCUGACGCUGUCGAGCGCCACCUUCGCAAAGCUCUCCCCGCACCCGUUCCUCCUCGCAAAUCUCCAGCCCUCAGACCCUUCGACACCAUCCUCGCGUACGAAUGGGCGACAACCGCGACAGGCACGCCCUUGCAGCAUUAAUACAUCGUCUCUAUCUCAUGCGCACGGGAGCGCUGUGGUUCGCUCCGGCGACACGACUGUUAUCUGCGGCGUGCGCGGCGAGACCCUUCUCACAUCUCAGAUCCCGAACUACCGUGCCCCGCAAGCCGGCGAUAUCGCGAUUGGCGAUGAACUACGGGAUUACGAUCUGUUGGUGCCGAAUGUCGAAUUAGCGACCGGUUGCGCGCCCAAUUUUCUACCGGGCGUGCCCCCGACUACACUUGCGCAGACACUAAGCACACGCCUCUUCUCCCUGCUACAUAGCUCAAAGCUCUUAACUGCGGAAGCCUUGCGGAUAUACCAUGAUAGUUCUGAGGUACGAGGGGAAGGAAAUACUGGAGAAGAAGAAGAAGACGGCUUUGGCGAAGCGACAAAGGAGGUCAAGGCAUAUUGGGUGCUGUAUAUCGACGUGUUAUUUAUUUCCUUCGACGGCAACCCCUUCGACGUGGCUUGGGCGGCAAUUCUAGCUGCUCUGCGAGAUACGAAGCUUCCCCAAGCAUACUGGGAUGUCGACCGGGAAUUGGUGUUAUGUACUCGGCCAACUGAAAAGGAGCCGCGCCCACUACGCAUGCGCGGGUUACCAGUGGCUUGCACAGCCGCUGUGUUUACAGCAAGGGAGAGGCAGAAGAAAGGCAGUGGUGGCAGUGGUCAGUACUGGAUCCUAGUGGACCCGGACAGGCUAGAGGAAAGCUUGUGUAAUGAGACGGUUACGAUGGUAGUUGAUAAUACGGAGGGGGAAACAAAGAUCCUGACGAUAUCUAAGAGCGGUGGAACGGUUGUUGGUUCCACUCUCAUGAGAGAGUUUGCUACUGUAGCCGCAACGCGGUGGAAUGAGUUCCGUGCUGUCUUACAAUAGGAGUCACUUGAUACCCAAAAAAUAUGGAAUGAAUAAGAAACUACUACGAGAAUAACUUAAACUACCUAGGUAUGUCCGGGCACAAUUAUAGUUGCUGUUCCUUGACAGAAAGAUACCGAGUAACCCUAUCAUAAAAUAAUAAAAAAACUGACUAUUAAAGAUGUAUCAACCCUUCGAACCAUCCUAUCAGGCGAUAUUCCAGGAUAGUAGAUACGGGACGACAAAUUGGUCUGCCGCCCAUUAAAGCGAACAGCCUACUGAAAGGCCAUUCUAGUACCAGUAUCGUGGUGCUUAGGAGGAGUAGAAGCGCUGGAUACUGGCGGGCGGGUGGUUGUUGAAAAAGAAAAAGAACAGAAAAAAAAA